AUACUGAAUCCACACAGAAGAAAAAAUUCAGUGAGGAAGCACGCAUUUUCUUUGUUACGUGGAUUUUUUUCUCAAUUCCAUAUCAAAUUAAUUCAAUACAAAAAGUUUAAAUAUUAGUGAAAAUAAAAUUAUGGAUUAAUUCUUAAAAAAACAUUGAAAUCUGUGCUCGAUGCUUAAAAGGCAAUGAACACGCAAAAUCAAUCAGGAAACCAUUAAAACUUACAUAUAAAAUAGACGAUUUGAUCUAAAAAAAAAGAAAUCAACAAAAUGGACAACGAAAUCAAGGAGCAGAAGGAGCAAAAAGUUGCAGAGGAAUAUCUAUCCAGCUUAGCAGAUCUAAACAUGAACAGUAAGCCUCUGAUAAAUAUGCUAACAAUACUGGCAGAGGAGAACAUUGAACAUGCGGCCGUUAUUGUGAAAGUGGUUGAACAACAUAUUGCUAAGGUACAUCCAGAUAUAAAGCUUCCUAUUCUCUACUUAAUUGAUUCAAUUGUUAAAAAUGUGAAAAAUACAUACAUUCCACUAUUUAGUCAAUGUAUUGUUAACAUUUUUUGUGGAGUAUUUGAGCAGGUAAGCGAAAAAAUCCGCGAAAGAAUGUACACUCUCCGACAGACAUGGAAUGAAGUAUUCACUGCACAAAAAUUAUACACACUUGACGUCAAGGUUAACUGUAUGGACAGGAACUGGCCAAUAACAGCAAAAGUUAUAAAAUCACCAUCAAUUCACGUGAAUCCAAAUUUUCUAAAAAAGAAUGAAAUGGAAGCAACACUUCGAGUGAAAACACGUGAACUUUUAGAGCUGGAAAAAAGGAAACUAGAAUUGGAGUUAGAAGCUACAAAGAAAUUAUUGCAGGAACAAGAAAAGCAGCUUUGUAAGCAGACAGAGAGUGUGAAAAUAUCACCGGAACAUCCCCCACAAGCUCGUCAACCUCCGGUCGGGGCGAUGCAAAAACCAAACUACAUUGGAAUAAAUACUUAUCAAAAAUUUCGCAAUAAUGGACCAAGACAACCACCUCCAAAUAUGAUGAAUAUGCAACAGAUUUAUCCACCCGGAGUACCUCCGCCGCAGCUUAUUCCCCAACAAAAACCAAAAGUUCAUCCUGUGAACCCAAUCAUGAUGAAUACAAUCCGCCAUCGUGAUCCACGUCUUGCUCGACAACAACAACAACAGCAGCAGCCAUCCCCGCAAGAAAAAGAAGUUAGAUCAAAACAAAAUAAUGUCAACUUUCCACAAACCCAAACAGCAGAUCAACAACCCUCUUCUAAUCAAGUUAUGACCAGCGGUAAUCAAGGUUCUAGUUCAUAUAGAAAUUCUAAGUCAUUUGAUUCUCGUUCCACAAAACGUCGUGAUAUUGAUCGACCAAAUCAUGAUCGUUCGCCAAGGGAAAGAUCUGUGAGAGAUCGUUCAUCAAAAUCUCGAAGCGAAGAAGAACAUUCUGACGGUGGAAGCGGAGGAAGAUCCAAAUCUUCAACUACAUCAACGAGUCGUAAUAAAAUAGGUGGCAGUCGGUCACGUAGUGAAAGUAAAUCACCAACACGUGUUAGAUCAUCAUCGACAAGAUCAUCCAAUCGAAGUGGAAGCAGCUCCCGUGAUAAAGAACGACGUGGUACAAGUAAUAAGAGCAGUUCUUUCGAUCGAAGAAAGAAUAGCAGCAGAGUCAACGAUUCAAAAUAUUUGCCUGCAUGUCCGAAAAUAGAUGAAGGAUCAGAACCCCAAAAUGUUUCAACUAACAAAAAGAACAACUCUCCUCCUCCCACAUCUUCACCGGCUAAAUUCAAAGAUCCCAAAUCGAAAUCAACUACUUCAGUAAAAACCUUAAAAACGUACGCAGGACGCAAGCAUAAACCACGUACUCCAUCACCAAAUGCCACGAAAGAUGUUGACUUGAGAAUUAUCCAUCCAGAUAAAAGGGCCAGGCUUACUUCACUUAAAAGUGAUACACCAGCAGAAGAAGAAAAGGUCAUUAUGCCUCCUCCGCCGCCUUCAUUGGAAUCGAUACCAACAAAACUUCAAACAGAGGAAAAGACUGUAAUACCAGAGGUGAUCGCUUCGAAUAUUGAUCAAGUGUCAACAGAAAUUGAUCCACUAAUUACCAACGUUACUGCUAAAACUUUAGAUCAAAAAAUAGCAACGUGCAGCACCAGUACUAAUGCCAACAUCAUCAACAACACCAAAAUGGAUGUCGAAAACAAUGAAGUGAAGGAAGAACUUAAAGCAAACGUCACCGAUGCUGUUACUAAACUUGAAGACGAUCGUAAAGAAGAAGUUAUAUUGAACGGUAAACCAAUUGGCGAAAAUAAACGUCCUUCAACUGAUGACGCCGCCGCGGAACCUGAUGCAAAACGUACCAAGUCUGGCAAAAUGGACGGCUUAUUUGGAACUGAAGAUGUUGACCUAAGAACAGUUAUACCCACUGUGAUUCUGAAUCCAAAUACUACCGGAAUAAUGACCCCUCCGCCUCCACCUGUUAUUUCAAAUGAAAAAGAAAAUUGGGCUAAAGUAAAGGGAUCACCUGCAAUCAAGAUUACGCCGAAUAAAUCGAGUCUAGAUGAUGUUCGAGCCAAGUUAGCAAAAGCAGCUAGAUUCAGUAAUAAAAUGGAAAAAUCUCAUAGAGAACUCUCUCAAAGGUUUAAAAUACACGAGCUUCAAGAUGAAACAACUUCUCAAGAAUGUAACGACACUAAAAUCCGUACAAUCAUAAGUCAAGCCCAGGAGUUACUUGAAACAAGAAACAUCAACCAGGAACAAUAUCAUAAUUUAGUUAAAACUGUUAUGCAAAUUAAUGAAACUAAUAAACUUAAUGCUGCCAAACGCCUUGAAUCGCUUAAUUCAGGUGGAAAAAGUUUUGACCAGCAAAUGGAAGAUAUACACGUUGAUGCAGAUAAAGUUGCUCGUGACGCUGUUCACAAAAAACGUAUACCGAAAUUAUCAAAAGAUUCAGCCACAACUUGUUCUACUACAGAUAACGUAAACGAAAACAAGGAAAUAAUUGAUAUAUUAGAUGACAACUCCCAAGAUAAUGUGGAUUCAUUUUCUUCCUCAAGGACGAUCACUGGAGAGAAGGAAAAGAGAGUUAAGGUGUCAAAAUGGUCCGCUCCUGUUCAGUCUGUUAGCAACCAUGCUGCCCAAUCUCAAACACAGCCCCAGAGACAACGAUUUGGCGCCGGUAAUAGACCUCCAUUCAACAACAGAAUGGCCAUUCCAAGUCCGUGGCAAAAUCCAAAUAGUGUUUUCAAUGGUAAUCCUCAACCUCGGCGACCAAGUACAGUUCCAGCUCCACCACAGCCUCCAACAUUCGUCAUUCCAAAACCAUGCAAUUCAAUUGACAAUCCUCAAGAGGAUGUAGUGCGCUCAAUAACAAUCGAUGGUCGUACUAAAGAAAUUCGUUUUUAUGGUAAUGUUGCAAUUGUGUUUAUGGAUUGGGACCAACCAAGAGAAAUUGGAUUCCAGCCAGGUACAAGAAGUAUUACCAUUGAUAAUAAAGAACCAAUCGUACUGAAUUUCAAUGACGAUUACAAAGAAGUGACGAUUGACGGAGAACCCCAUCGUAUGCGUUUUGCCUUUCCGUCUCGGGAGCUUUAUAUUGAUGAGCAUUGGUAUGAAGUUUACUUUGGUGGCCCAGCAAUGCGAAUACCACUUAAUAAUAAAAUUCACUUACUACAAGCUGAAGGUCCACCUCCUCAAGUACACAUUGGUAUACUGAGAAGAGACUUGGUGGUAGGUAAGAUCAACAUGAUAGUUGAUGCUAGGAAUAUUAUUCCCGUUUUCCUAGACGCUAACCCGCAAACAUUCACUAUCGAUGGACAUCAGCAUGUUAUUGAAUUUGCUGACAAUUUAAAGACUGUUAUUAUAAACGGUGAAAUCCUUAAUGUAGAAUAUGGGGGUUUACCUAAGAGUUUGAUGCUGGCAGGCCGGAAAUAUUUUGUACGGUUUGGCACUUUGCCCUCAGGAAUAGUGGCUGGCCAACACAUAAUCAAAGAUAUGAAGUAUCUCAACAUGCAACCACCCUCGGAGUUAGAAAAUAUCCCUGCCCCACCUAUCGCAAGCAUUGCAGAUACUGAAACUGAAAUCAAUUCAAUACCAAAUCCAGGUACAAUGGUAGUGAAAGAACCGCCUAUUCUACCAACGGCGAUUGCCUCACCACCCCUUUCCACCCAAUCGGUUUCAAUUCCUGGAAUAACUCCAAUGCUCCCAAAUGUCAACAUUGACGAACUUUUCCAAAAGCUCAUAUCAACUGGAAUUAUUAAUACUGUUUCGAAUCCCAGUGGUGCUCCCGAUAAUAAAGAUGUCAAGGAGGAAGAAACCAAACCUGUUAAAGAGUUCGAACCCAUAAAGCCAAUUAAUCUGAACGUCCCUGAGACUAUUAAAACACGUCAAGGAGCUAUCAUUAAUGCUCUUUUUUGUGGUAUGCAAUGCAGUAGUUGCGGUGUACGUUUUCCUCCCGAGCAGACUAUAAAAUAUAGCCAGCACUUGGAUUGGCACUUCCGGCAAAACCGUAGGGAGCGAGAUUCGACAAGAAAAGCUCAUUCAAGGAAAUGGUACUAUGAAGUCUCUGACUGGUUGCAGUAUGAAGAAAUCGAGGAUUUGGAAGAUCGUGAAAAGAAUUUCUUUGAAUCACAACAAAUAGAUCUAGAAAAUAUUGAUGAGAAUUCUAAUCAACGCACCGCUAACUCUCCGAUCCCAAGUUGUCCUGCUGAACCAGGUGAUGUUGAUCGUGCAUGCGAUAUGUGUCAAGAGAAAUUUGAACAAUUUUAUAACGAAGAUCAGGAAGAAUGGCAUUUGCGAGCAGCUAUAAGAGUCGAGGAUAAAAUUUAUCAUCCUCUUUGCUACGAAGAUUAUAAGGCCUCACUUAACCCACCCGCCCCUGAGAUUGAGGACAAAAUUGAGGAUCAGAAUAUAACCGCGAUCACAAUUGAUGAUGACAAUGCAGUGGAUGUGGCAAUUGUUAAAAAAGAAAAUCUCGAUGGUACAGAGGCCGAGACACAAGUAAUCCCAGAUGAGGACGACGAUGAUGACGAUGUGAUUGUUGUUCCAGCUGAAGAGCCAUCCAUUACGGAAAUUGAUGAUGAUGAAGAAUAUGUUCCAAUAAAUAUGAGCAGAGAAGAAAUGGGCGGCGUUGCUGAUAUAGAAACAUCUUCUACUGCAGUCAAUGAAACAAUGGAAUCAGAUGUGGAAAUUCAAGAACCAAAUAUUCCUUUUACGGAUCUAGAUACUUAUAUAGAAAAACCUUCCUUGGCCGACAAUAACUCACAAUCAUCAAUGUUCAACGUAAAAAUUAAAGAAGAGCCUAAAGAUGAAGAUGAGGAUGAUGGCUUUGAGGAUGUUGGUAUUGUUCUGAUGCCAGAGGAGGAAAUUUCUAUUCAGAGCAGUGAUGAAAAUACAGGAACACGAACAAUAUCGUCAACUGUGUCAACUCCAAUGCCGUCCCCGAUUAUUGCUGAUGCUCUUCCUGAAACAUCUCAACCACCUUCAGAAGAUGCACCUGCUGCAACUGCAACUGCGACAUUGAUGGAGAUACCAGAAGCUGGAGAUUCAUUGGAAGAAAAUUUAGAAUCACACGAUAAUCCCCUAUGCUCGACUUCAGCUUUACUGGGCGUGAAUAAAAUUAAGAUUAAUAUGACAAAAAAUAUUGUAACCAGUAAUAAUAGUACUUCAAUUUCUACAACAAAACCGAUUAGUCUUAAUCAAAACCCUAACCCUACCACAUCUAGUGGUAACGUUAGCAAUAUAUCAACUAUUCCAGUUCUUUGCAGUGGUCCUUUAUCUAUUAACACUAUUCCUGCUUUGCCCCUUGAAUCCUCCGCUGUAAGUGGAGAAGAGAGUUCUUUGUUUUCUGGUCAUUCAGCAUUUUCUGCAGCUUCUUCAUUUUGCACACCCAUUUCAUCAUCAGCUUCAAGUGAAACUUCUAGCAAUGUAAUACAAGUUAUCACUUCACAUACAACUUUAGGACCAACCAAUGUAGAUUCAUUUUCAAAUUGUAUAAAAGUUAUUGGUUCCAGUUCGGCUGGCGGCGGAGCAAUUAACGCUCUCUCAACAGUUAGAGACAGUACCACUCCUCCUCUAGCGACUGUUUCGAAACCAGUUGAAGUUGAAGAGGUCGAGCCAACAUUUACCUUUAAACCAGAAUUGCAAAAUGUUAAACUGAAAAAAGUCAAGAAAAUUGACUGUGGCGUUGAAGCAUCUGGCUUAUGUUCAAUAAUGUAAUGCAACGUUUUUUUUUUUAAUAUUAUUUAAAUCUAAAUAUUGUAAAUAUAUUAAAUCGUUAAUUUUUAUAUAGAAUUUUUUUAAAUUAUAAAAAUGUAUAUACAUCCCAUUAAUCCUAAGCACAUUAUGUGCACAAUUAUGUUUUACGUCAACAUUAAUUUACUAUUUUAUUAUAUUUUUGAGUUCGAAUCGCAACCGCAUUAUUUAUAAGCUCUAUACUAAUUUUAUUUCUAGAUUUGUUAUCGAUGAGAUAAAAUAAACACAUAAUUCAUUAAAAACGGAAAAAAUGUAAUAAAAAGUAAUGUUUUUAGAAAAAAAUGUGAUAAAUUUUCUAUGCAAAACUAUCGAUAAGUUAAUGAAAAACAUUUAAAAAAAAAAUUAGAACAUGAAUAAAAAAUUUAAGAAAACAACUGA